AUGACUCAGAAUGAGUCCUCUAGAAGUUCAUCUCCAUCGUGGAACAAAUACGUUGAAUUUACUUUCACUGGCAUUUACACUUUUGAAUCACUGAUAAAAAUAUUGGCAAGAGGCUUCUGUCUAAAUGAAUUCACUUUCCUUCGAGAUCCCUGGAACUGGUUGGAUUUCAGCGUGAUCGUUAUGGCGUUUGUGGGAGCAUUCAGCAACAAGGGGAGCGUGUCGGUCCUUCGGACAUUCAGGGUUCUGAGAGCUUUAAAAACCAUUUCAGUAGUCCCAGGACUCAAGGUCAUUGUAGGUGCACUUAUCCAGUCUGUUAAGAAACUUGCCAAUGUGAUGAUCCUGACUGUUUUCUGCCUGAGCGUCUUCGCGCUCAUAGGCCUCCAGCUUUUCAAGGGUAAUCUGAGAUACAAGUGCAUGAAGAAUUAUACAGAUUCCACCAUCAGUGAUUUUUUACAUAACAAAACAUGGGAAUCCUUUGCAGCGUUUGCUAAUUAUACAGAACACUUUGCCAUUAAGCCGGGUACCUCAGACAUCUUGCUAUGUGGUCCUAGCGCUGGGACCUGUCCUCCAGAAUACACAUGCAAGAAAAUUGGGCCAAAUCCUGAUUACGGUUUCACCAGUUUUGAUACAUUUGGCUGGGCUUUUCUCUCCUUAUUCCGCUUGAUGACCCAGGACUACUGGGAACGUCUGUAUCAGCAGACCCUCAGAGCUUCUGGGAAGGUGUAUAUACUCUUCUUCAUGCUGGUCAUCUUUCUGGGCUCGUUUUAUCUAGUCAAUUUGAUUCUGGCUGUAGUAACAAUGGCAUAUGAAGACCAGAACAAGGCCACCAUUGCUGAGACAGAGGCAAAAGAAAGGAAAUUUCGGGAAGCCAUGGAAUUAUUACAGAAGGAUCAGGAGUCACUGGCUGCGAAAGGGAUUGAUAUCCUGUCAAUGAGCUCCUUUGAAGGCUCUCCUUUGUCUGCCAAAGAAAUCAAAGAAAGAAGCAAUAGGAGAAAGAGAAAUAAGUCCUUGGGGAUAGAAGAGUCUGAAGAAGAACAGUUUCCCAAGUCACAGCUCACAGACAGUCAACGAAAGUUGUCCCUCCUUGCCUUGCUGUAUGGUCCCAAUGCCGAUCAGGUGAAACGCAGGCUUAGCCAUGGCAGUGUAUUCAAUUUCCAAAUACCUGCUUUAGAAGUUGACUCCAAAGCGUAUUCCACUGAUGAGGAAGCCCACAACAUGGGGGAGAACAAGAUCCAGGGCAGGUCAAUGUCAGUGCCACAGGUGGGAAGACACUCCAGCAUGCCAAGCCAGAAGAGCCAUGGCUCCCACCCUGCCACCCCAAGCCGCAUGCAGAGCAGCAAGCAGGCCAACGUGGACGACUGCAAUGGCGUGAUUUCAGUGAUGGGAGGAGGGAGUGGCAAGGUGCAUGGCUUAGAUACAGCCCAUUCUGAAGGGGUAAUGCUUCCACCAGUAAUGGAAGAUAUGGGGAAGGGUGAUCUGCCAGCUGUGAAUGAUGAGAGCAGCAUGAUGCAUUUACAUCCUCAGCUAUCAGUGGAGUACUUUAAUGAGACACUUCAGAGACAAAGGGCAGCAAGUGCAGUCAGCAUAAUUACCAGUGUCUUAGAGGUUCAUGAAUACCACCAGGUGCAGUGA